GGAUGCGGGUUGAGCCCAACCCGUCAGUUUGUCAAGCUUUAUUAUAAACCCUAUAAUUUUCCCCCAAAACCGCUUGAACAACAAUUGGAUUUAAUUUCGUUUACCGAUUUUAAUUUUGUUUACCGAUCUAUCAGAAUUCUCUCGCUAAUGCCGCGGUACUACUGUGAUUAUUGCGACACUUACUUGACUCAUGAUUCUCCUUCAGUCAGGAAGCAGCAUAAUUCUGGCUACAAACAUAAGGCAAACAUAAGAUCUUAUUACCAAAAGUUUGAGGAACAACAAACUCAGAUUUUGAUCGAUCAGAAGAUCAAGGAGCAUCUUGGGCAGACAGUAGUAUAUCAACAGAUUGGUGCAGCUUAUAACCAACAUCUUGCUGCUUUUCCCGGAGCAAGGCCGCGCCUACCUGUCAUGCCGCCUCCUAUGUUUCCGGGACCUCCUCAGAUGGUUCCUGGUAUGAGGCCUCCAAUGCUGCCUAUACCAGUUCCUGGUGCUCCUGGUUAUGGUAAUUCUCCAAUGGUCCCAAUGCAGCCUCAGCCUGCUCCUUCGUUGCCUCCACAAUCCAGUGGGCUUCCACCUCCACCAAGUACGAGUGCCCCAUCACCAGUUGCUGGAGGAGGCCAACCCCCUAGCUCAAGCGGUGCGCCACCUAAUGCUACUCAAAUGUACAAUGUUAAUCCACCUGGAACUUCUGCUACUUCUGCACCUGCUGGUGGCUAUUCUUAUCCACAGUACUCUCAAACCGGUUAAUAGUUUACUAGCCAUGGCUAUAGUAUUGAAGAAAGUACAGAGAAUGUGCUGAGCGUAGAGGGCUGUAUUUCGAUUAACUAUCAUUGCACAUGCUUGGGCUUGUCUGUGAAAAGCUGCUUGUAGAAGUAUGAGAGAUGUGAAUUGGUGAGACGGACUUUUUGUAAUUCUUAAGAGAUUUUCUUUUCUUUAGGAAAUUUUCAUAGUGGAAAUCUACAUGCUAGUGCUGAAGUUCCAACAA